CUAAACUUUUGUUACGGGCACUUCGUGCAAUCCGGCUCGGUUAAGACGCGUCUGAGCCUCACCUGAAUGCCUGGCUUUUAUACGUCUUAUAUUUUGAAGAAUAUGGGGAAGAAUCAAUACUGUAAGUUUUGAUUAUGAAGCACUCUAGUUCUAGUCACUAAACAUCAGCAAUGAGGAAUAAAGAAUAAGGAUAUUUACUCAUAUACGGCAAUAGAGGAAACCUGGGAUCGCGAUGGCUGAUAACAAUGUGGCGGAGCGGGCUGAGGCAGGGGCUACCCACCAAGCCAAUACCGCCAAUGCCGCCAAUGCCAGCAAUGUUCCUGAUGAUCUCAAAGAAGCUGGGAGAAGUUCCACUGUUCCCCCUAUUAUUUCAGACAUCUUUCAACCACGCAUUAAUAGCGGCCCUAAGACAUUACUAUCACAUCCAUCAUCUCAAUCACAACAAAGUCCGACCACAGAACCGAAGGUUCAAGGUUCAACUACAACUAUAGCAUUAUCGCCAUCACAGCACACAAAAUUAGCCGUACAUAUCCGAUCUACUUCAUCACCUUCACCGUCUCAACCUCGACGAGGAAGGCCGCCCAAGGAUAAAAGCCGGGAGGUGCGAUCGGGACUAGCAUCGAUUACUCCUGGGAAAAUAACAUCUGGCUCUCUGCCUUCCGCAGAAAAUGAGAUUGGAGGUACCAGUCCUCAACCCAAGAAGAGAGGCAGACCGAGGGGCUGGAAACCCGGGAUGGCCUAUGUAGAUGUCAAAGGAGGCGGCGGAGAAAGCGCAAAGCCUACCGAGCCUAAGAAAACCCAGUCCAAAGAAGCGAAGCGGCGCGGGAGACCUCCGCGCACCCUUCUACCAUCGGCUAGGGAACAGUACCUGCGGGCCAACGCUCAAUACUUACCCUUUUUAUGUGAAUGGCGAUAUUCACCAAGCAGAACGUGUCCGGCAGAACUACAAAACAUGAAAGCGCUACGCAAACAUAUCGAUCUCGUUCAUGGGGAGGAGGAGCCGCUGGCUUGCCGAUGGGGAAGAUGCGGAGCAAGGAAGAACCCCAUUGAGUUCCCUGCAAAUCCGUGGUUCGACGAGCAUAUGGAGAAAGCACACUUUAGGUCGCUUGUGUGGCACAUGGGAGAGGGUUACCAAAAUGACGGCAUCUCAGCACUAAAGCGCAAUUCUGAUGGACUCCCGAAAUACCUUUUUGACAAAGAUGGCAAACAGGUUACGCCGUCAGUCAAGGAGCAGCAAUUCGAGGAUGACCAUCAGUACAAGGAAAGGAAGCGGAAAUUGAAGCAGCUUCUUAUUCAACAGGAGGAAAAUGCUCCAUUCGAAGAGGAAUAUACAAAGCAGACACUGGGAAUUUCCUGAACCACAACAAUCAAAGCAGUUGAACCUUUGUAUGCCUCGAUAGACUCGACUCGGCCUUAUUGGCUUACUCCGUGCCGAGCCGCAGUUUCAUUAAGUUCAACGGCUCGCCGUUGGCUUUAUUGGCCAGGUCUCAGAGCAUGGCUUUGAAAGGAUAAGUCGCGUGGCCACGUACCUCUUAAUACAAACCAGGUACCUACCUAUCAAUUUUGGCUCGCCUUUUAUUUCGUUGAAGAUGAAUUUAGGAAUGAACGUUUCCCAAAAGAUAUCUCGGCAUAUGACCGGCAAUUCCUUUGGCUUUGAGAUGCUUCUAUUGUGACUGUUGUAUGAUACCUCGAAAGCAGUCAAGGUACAUAGAUGCGUGUGCCGCAUUGACUCUUAUUAAAAAUGCAAUGCGUUACAAAGCUAAAGUUGUUAGAGACCAAAGGCGUGAAGUGCCGGCGGCUGACCAAUCAAUUUGGAUCCCGGCCCCUCUCAACCGCCCCUAACGUCUCCUCACUGGACUCCUAAUAACGGACAUCCAGCCCUUAGGAUUUGACAGUUUCACCUUAUGACGUAAUGAACAUAGCCGGCAUUGACUCGGCAAGGUAGCAUUGUUGGAGCCCGUUUAUUCUACUAUUGGUACAUAGUUACGUAUGAAUGAAUGUCUUUUAAUAGGAUAUCAGAAGAUGACAAUAGCAAACAACUAGC